AUGCAGCAACCAGAAGAGGGGAUCAUCGUAGUGGGUAAGAUCGAAGAGGAGGCUGUCGCUGCAGAGACUGAGAAACACGCCGAUCCGAUCGAUCAUACACGUGCAGAUCACUUCAUCAAGCCACAGGAGAUCACAAGCAAGACUACUCUAUCGAUAGAUGAAGAUGCAGCCUUUGCACAUCUUCCCGAACACGAGAAGGAAAUCCUCAAGAGACAGCUCGAUGCACCCAAGGUUAAGAUCUCCUUCUUUGGGCUGUAUCGAUAUGCCUCCAAGCUUGACCUCUUCAUUAUCGCGAUAAGCGCUCUCUGCGCCAUCGUGGCAGGGGCAGCAAUGCCUCUAUUUACGAUCCUCUUUGGUUCUUUAGCAUCGGCAUUUCAAGGUAUUGAACAGAAAACAAUAUCCUACGACAGUUUCGUCCAUGAACUCGACAAAAAUGUCCUAUACUUUAUCUAUCUGGGAAUCGCCGAGUUCGUUACUGUCUACGUUAGCAUGGUGGGAUUCAUCUACACUGGAGGACAAGUCACCCAAAAGAUCCGCGAGAACUAUCUCAAAGCUAUCCUGCGCCAGAACAUCGCUUAUUUUGACCAGCUCGGUGCCGGAGAGCUAACGACCCGUAUCACCUCCGACACCAACCUUAUCCAAGACGGUGUCUCCCAGAAAGUAGGCUUGACCCUGACAGCUCUGGCGACUUUCAUCACGGCAUUUGUCGUGGCCUAUGUGAAAUACGCGCGCCUAGCGGGAAUCUGCACAUCGACCAUCGUCGCCCUGACCCUUGUCAUGGGUGUAGGAUCUCAGUUCAUCAUCAAGUACAGCAAGUUAUCCCUCGAUCAUUAUGGAGCGGGUGACACGGUAGCAGAGGAAGUCAUUAGUUCAAUCCGGAUUGCUACGGCCUUUGGAACGCAAGAGAAAUUGGCAAAACAAUACGAUUCGCAUCUGAGUCUAGGCGAGAAAUACGGCAUUCGUCUACAGAUCUCCUUGUCUCUCAUCAUUGGCCCGAUGUUCGCGAUCAUGUUUUGGAACUACGGCCUUGGUCUUUGGAUGGGUUCUCGGUAUUUGGUGGCGGGCCAAGUCAAUGUUGGUCAGAUUUUGACAGUACUUAUGGCUAUUUUGAUUGGGUCCUUCAGCUUAGGGAAUGUCAGCCCCAACGCCCAGGCAUUCACUAGCGCCAUCGCCGCCGCUACCAAGAUCUUCAAUACGAUUGAUCGGAUCUCGCCAGUGGAUCCAACAUCUAAGGAAGAAGGCUUGAUCUUGGAUCAUGUGGAGGGCAAUAUUGAACUUCGAAAUAUCAAGCAUAUCUAUCCGUCUCGCCCAGAUGUCACGGUCAUGCAUGAUAUGUCUUUGUCAAUUCCUGCUGGAAAGGUUACCGCCCUGGUCGGACCAUCUGGAUCGAGUAAAAGUACUGUCAUGGAUUUGAUUGAAAGAUUUUAUCUUCCAGUUGGUGGGACAAUACUUUUAGACGGUCACGAUACGCAGACCCUAAAUCUGCGCUGGCUACGUCAACAAAUAUCAAUUGUUAGCCAAGAGCCGGUGCUCUUUGGAACAACAGUCUACAACAAUAUCCGCCACGGCCUUAUCGGCUCCAGGUUUGAGAAUGAGUCAGAAGAUAAAAUCCAACAACUUGUGGAGAAUGCGGCGCGGAUAGCAAAUGCUCACAGCUUCGUUUCUGCUCUUCCCAAAGGCUAUGAAACGAGCGUGGGUGAACGGGGCUUCUUACUCUCCGGUGGUCAAAAACAACGCAUUGCAAUUGCUCGUGCCGUUGUUUCUGAGCCGAAGAUCUUGUUGCUGGAUGAAGCGACCUCGGCGCUGGAUACCAAGUCAGAAGGCGUAGUCCAGGCUGCGAUUGAUCGUGCCAGCAAGGGACGUACAACGAUUGUCAUUGCACACCGUCUAUCCACAAUCAAGACUGCGGACAAUAUUGUGGUUCUAUUGAAUGGCCAGAUCGCCGAGCAGGGUGUCCACGACGACCUGAUUCAGAUGGAUGGACCAUACUCUAAGCUGGUCGAGGCCCAACGCAUCCGAGAAGAGAAUACAGCCGACACACUAGAAGAUCAUGAGGACGAUGAGGACACCGAAGAGUAUAGACUCAAGGAAAUUGUUCAGGUUCAUUCCGUUAAUAGUGGGUCAAUCACACAGAGGGACCAGGGUGGAGCUACCGGACUUGAGAAAGAUGUCCGUCGAGUGGAUUCCCGAAAGUCAGCUACUGGAGAUAUCUUUGCCACCGGCGACCCUGAUUCCGAGCAGAAAUACUCUCUUUGGACCCUGAUCAAAUUCAUCGCUUCGUUUAACAAGGAAGAAUGGCGAUGGUUGAUUGUUGGUCUGAUAUUCUCUUGCCUGGCUGGUGGUGGUCAACCCGUUCAAGCAUACCUCUAUGCUAAGGCCAUCAGCGUUCUCGUGCUACCUGAAUCCAUGUUUGACCAACUCCGACAUGAGGCAAACUUCUGGUCCUUAAUAUUUUUCGUCAUCGGUAUCGUUCAAUUGUUUACAUUCGGCACCCAUGGAAUCGCAUUCGGUAUUUGCUCCGAGCGUCUAGUCUCCAGGUCCCGCAGUCAGGCAUUUCGGAUGAUUCUCCGUCAGGAUAUCAGCUUUUUCGACAGAGAUGAGAACACAACCGGUGCAUUGACAUCGUUCCUAUCCACUGAAACGAAGUAUCUGGCUGGGAUCAGUGGACAAAAUCUCGGAAUGAUAUUGAUGACAUCCACGACGCUAAUAGCCGCGAUGUGCAUAUCCCUUGCGUUCGGCUGGAAACUGGCCCUAGUCUGUAUCUCUACACUACCGGUACUAUUAGGCUGUGGAUUCUAUCAGUUCUACAUGCUCGCUGCGUUCGAACAGAAGUCUAAAUCCGGUCAUCAGGACUCCGCCUCCUACGCCUGUGAAGCCACUUCGGCGAUUCGGACGGUAGCUGCUCUGACCCGCGAACAGGAUGUAUGGAGCAAUUACCACGAUAUACUGCAAGCCCAGAGCCAUGCAAACCUGUUCUCGACCUUGAAAUCGUCCGUUCUCUACGCUGCAUCUCAGGCAUUGGUCUUUUUCUGUGUCGCACUUGGCUUCUGGUAUGGUGGUACACUACUGGGGCGCGGGGAGUACAACACUUUCCAAUUUUUCGUCUCAUUCUCUGAAGUUCUCUUCGGAGCUCAAUCUGCCGGUGCCGUCUUCUCCUUCGCACCUGAUAUUGGCAAAGCGAAGAACGCUGCUUUCGAGCUUCGGAAAUUGUUCGAUAUUCGACCGAAAAUCGAUAUUUGGUCCACCAAGGGCGAGAUAAUAGACCCCGAAAAAGAAGAGCAUUCGGGUGCGAUUGAGUUCAGGGAUGUGCACUUCAAUUACCCGACUCGGCCCAGUCAGCCGGUUCUUCGGGGCCUGAAUCUAAGUGUUCAACCCGGUCAAUACAUUGCCCUGGUCGGGCCCAGCGGAUGUGGAAAAAGUACAACCAUCGCUAUGCUCGAGCGCUUCUACAACGUCGCGUCUGGAGAAAUUCUCCUUGAUGGAAAGAACAUUAACGAUAUAAAUAUCAACUCGUACCGAAGUCAAUUCUCGCUUGUCAGCCAGGAGCCCACGCUUUACCAGGGCACAAUCAAAGAAAAUAUCAUGCUUGGUGUUGACCAUACUGAUGUUUCAGAGGAUGAGAUUAUCCAGGUCUGCAAAGAUGCUAAUAUCUAUGAUUUCAUCAUGUCUCUUCCAACCGGGUUCGACAGCGUCAUCGGAACAAAGGGAAUCAUGUUAUCGGGUGGUCAAAAACAGCGCGUGGCGAUUGCCCGCGCCCUCCUGCGAAAUCCUAGAAUUCUCCUACUAGACGAAGCCACGUCCGCACUCGACUCACAAUCCGAAAAGAUCGUUCAGACAGCGUUAGAUGCCGCGGCUCGUGGUCGAACCACUAUCGCCGUCGCUCACCGACUUAGCACCAUCCAAAAAGCCGACAUGAUCUAUGUAUUCGAUCAAGGUCGGAUCACUGAGCAGGGCACACAUCAUGAGUUGCUACGCCAGAAAGGCCACUAUUACGAGCUGGUUAAUCUCCAGAGUCUGGGGAAAGCUCAUUAA